UCCACUGAAUCAUGUAUUUUCACUUUCAUGUGACUGGAAACCGGCGAGAAGAUUAAGACAAUCCGACCCUGUGACAGUGAUAAAGUCAUUGGUAUUAGGUAAGAGAGAAGAAAGAAACGUACUCAAGGGAGAAAAGGCAGUUAAGCUAAUCCCAUUGAAGGAGGCCUCGCAGCUUCUGUAUGGUUUUUCUUUUUUUUUUUUAACCACCUAGAGUUGACAAACGCAGAGGAGUUCACUACAGAGGUAGGUGUCGUCUUUAAAAACUGAACCUGGACCCCCCAUGAGAGGAGCUCUUUGUUUGUCAAAAUGGGUACUUGGUCCUCUGUUGAGUAGUUCAGUACUCCCUGGCCUUUUUCUGCUUCCGCGCCGAUGGGUCACCACAUCGAGUACGGUCGUCCGACCAUGCCGGUUCUUGGCGCCUUCUCCGUGUCCUGGGUUUAAAGGGCCUCCUGCAUCUCUAACAUGUGUGCUGCAGGGAUGGUCCUAGUGUUCAUCUCGGUCGUCUGGCUGGUGGAUCAUCCGGUUGUGCGCGGCUACGCUUCCUGGUACCCCUAUGAAUAUAUUCAGCACAGCGUGCGGCAAUUCGAGCAGAAAACGGAUCGGUUCUGGGAGUUUGAUGAGCAAACCAACCGCUGGGUUGAGGUUCAACUGCCUUAUGAUCUGGUGACCUGUGCUAAUGACAACUGCACCAAGGUUGGUUCGCUUGAUCGGAGGUCGCACGGUGAAGAGCGAUGGGAAAGGCAAUCCCAUGAUCCCGAACAAAGUGAGACGUCGGCUAAAGAUGACAGAGGAGAAGCGGCAGAUGGCUCCAGCAUGGUUCUGCCUCUCAGGAAGAGACUCUCUGUUACUAAGAUGUCGGAGACGUCAAUUUGGAUCACGGGAGAGAGCGGGUCCAUCUAUGAGAGGUUCUGGAACGGAGUGCAAUGGGUUCUGGCACCCCAUGAUUUCGCGACACCAGCAGGUCGCGCAAUAUCGGUUUUCAUCAUCAACCAUACGAUACUUGCUCUGUCUGAAGCGGGUCAGCUAUGCCAGAUGCAACUCAGUGAAAGUUCACAGCCAAUUUGGGUAGAGGUCCCUGUGAAGUUCAAUUCGAGCUCAAGUCAAGAGAAGGAAAAGGCUUCAAUCACCCAAAUAAAGUCAGGUGUUGUUUCAUUUGAUGGAAUGAGUGUUUAUUUCUGCACGAAGAACGGAGCGUUGUUGGAGCUGAGUGACAUAGAGCCCCCAAGAUGGGUAAAUCACGGCCGACCCCCUGGUGCUAAUGUUGCCUUGAUAACUGAUGCGGGCGCUUUGCGACCAGAAGCAGUAUUUAUCAUAAGCUCAAAAGGUGAUCUUUACGAGUAUGAUAAAAGCUCAAAGCCGCCAUGGAAGAAGCACAUCAUGAAACAGGGAAGAGAAGAAGAUGCUUCUCUGACAGUCGCUCGGGGUUGUACUUUACUGGGGAUGAACGGAGAUCAUUCCGCUUCCGUCUUUCUUCUUACAAAGGCCGGGGAUCUAGUUGAAAGGCGAAUACACCAACAGAAGUGGAAAUGGAUAUCUCAUGGAAGUCCAAACAAUCAUAACCUGACAUCCAUGACCCUAGUUCUACAACAUGAAUUCAGUGAAAACAUGUACUCUCUGUUCUUCACGACAUCCUCAGGCUCUGUUGUGGAAUAUAGAAUACCGAAACAUUCAGAAGUGGUCCAGAAGCCACCUAUGGAUGUUUGGGCUAAUCACAUGCAUCCGAUGCAUGGUAAAGCUGCGAGGGGUAUUUCGGGGGUACAGUUACAGAUCGGAAGAGUAAUUUUUGCACUUGAUGAUGGCCGACUUGCAGAGCUACACCUGCCAGGACUUGGGGGUGAAAAUUCAGGCCCUGGUCAACCCAACAUCAGGAAGAAACCCUCGUCCAAGUAUGUCUGGUCAGUAUUUGAUGCCCCAGAAAGUGAAGGAUGGAAUGCAGAGUAUUGCACUGAAGAACGCGGACCUGCAAAUUGCGUAACGGGCACUAAAGACGAGCCAAAUGAUUCAGGAACUACAAGCAUGGUAACAAGGAGGAGAAAGGCAAGCGCGACACAAGAAAGCUACUUACUUCCAGGCACAUCAGAGGGAACAAAUGUGCAGCAACAUACUUUCCCAGAUGAUAGGAUGAACGCUAAUUUCCGGCUGCGUGUGAUGCAUGGAAGCAGAUCAUUUUUCCUGAUAACAGAUGGCGGUUUGACCUUUGAGUAUCUCUAUGCUGACAAUAUUUGGUUUUGGCUGCAGCACGACCACCCAACUGCAAUGAAAGUCGUGCUAGGGAACUACAACGGGAGCCUAUUUCUUGCUGACAUUUACAAGAGUUUGCUGAUGAGAGAGAGAAGCAGCAACGAGCUCACUUGGGUGAAUUGCACAGCUAUGAGGAAAGGAAGGCAAGUUAGAGCAGGUCCGCCAUGGGAUGGGAUACCAGGCAGAGAAAGUAAACUCACAGUAGAUGAUGCGCUCUUCUUCGUGAGCAAAAGUGGAAGAUUGAUGCAAUUCACAGUUUUCAUGAGGAAGUUCAAAUGGAAAGAUUGCCGAAACCCUCCAAAUACAAAGGUCUCAUGCAUCAUAGAUCAAGAACUAUUCAGAAGAAACAUAGUAUUCGUUGUCGGCACAGAUGGAAGAUUAUAUCAGUACAACAAAGUGACAGAGUUGUGGCAUGAGCAUUACCAAUCCCGGCACUUACUCUUAUCUGGGUCGCCUGGAACCGUGAUGCGUCCAUCCUCGGUAUCCUUAGAAGGUUCCAUUUUUGUUCUUUCUCGAGACGGUGGACUAGUAGAAUAUCAAUGGAGCACAGUCAAUGGGUGGAAUUGGGUGGAACAUGGAACACCACAUAAAGCCGUCACGUUGGUAUGUCCACCAGGUCCUUGCUUUGAGGGUAAUCAAUUAUUCGUGAUCGGUUCAGACGGAGAUGUAUAUAUGAGGUACACGGAAGAGACGACAUGGAAAUGGAAAAGCUUCGGUCACCCAUACAUAGGAAACACAGCCUCCGAGGAUCACAGAGAGACGAAAGCAAGUGGCGCGCAUGAUGCAAUUUGCAUCCCUAAAGAUACUAAUGCUGGAGCCGAGAAGGAACCGACACAAUUCGAUGACCUCGACAGGAACUGUGACACAAAAGUCGCCCCCACGAGGCCAAUUCCAUUUUCUGAUGACUCAGUGAUCUUUGAGCUGAAAGACGGAAGGUUGGCGGAGAUGCGACGAGUAGGAGAAGCGGAUUGGGCAUGGUCACGUAUUAUAGGGACACCGACAAGCUUAUGUGUGGCGAACUACUGGACUGCUAUGGCAUCAUGACUGUGAAUAUCGCUCUCAAAUUCGAAGUAAUAAUGCAGAAGCACAAGAGAUGUGGAUAAUCAGUUCCAGAAUGGUGUUACCACUUCCUAUUUGUUGAUGCCAAGUGACCUAGUAUAAUUGGCCCAUUUCACUUCCUCUCUACUUCUUUUCUUUGGCUAUCUUCUUCUUCCUUUUUGUUGGGAAAUGACACCACAUCUCUUAGAAUAUUUCCAGCACGGACGGUGAUCACACGCUCACAUCAUUCGUGUGCGGUUGUAAAUUAAACAAACAGUGUACUAGUUGUGGUAUAUAUCAUAUUUAACUUCGUGUAAAAGCAAGAUAUUAUGGUAUAUCCUCACCUUUGCUGAUUUAUCGAUAAUAGUGUGAGAACGCUGGAGAAAAUAAGAUCACAAUUUGAUUUUUCUCUUGAGGAAAAUGGAGAUAUGCAAAGAGUAUAAUCUUAGAUCACUGUCCGGAGAUAGCAGGCAUACUUCCCCUUCCCUUUGUGAGUUAUUUUUCUAGGAGGACAACGGGAUACAUGGUUUCUACUAGGAAUAUCAUAGUGUAAAAGUUGACACAUCUGUCUUGUAAUGUUACACAAUCAGUUCACAUCUUUUUAUUUGCUUGUUAUUCAAUACCGUGCGCAGCUACAUUUCCAGUGGAUGAGCAG